UCCACCAUUACCCACCGUGCCUUGAUUAAUCAGCUGAGAUCGCUCGAGGAGAUAGCUAGCUUCAUGACUAUGGCAGCAGCACAAGGCAAGCUGAGUCCGGAGGCCAUGGACAACGAAGUCAUCAGCAACGGCAGCGCCAAGGACUACCUGGACCCUCCUCCGGCGCCGCUGGUCGACGCAGGCGAGCUGGGCAAGUGGUCUUUGUACCGUGCCGUCAUCGCCGAGUUCACAGCUACACUGCUCUUCGUUUACGUCGCCUUGGCCACCGUAGUCGGCCACAAGCGCCAGACCGACGCCCAGGCGUGCAGCGGCGCCGGCGUGUUGGGCAUCGCGUGGGCCUUCGGCGGCACGAUCGCCGUCCUUGUCUACUGCACCGCCGGCAUCUCCGGCGGCCACAUCAACCCCGCGGUGACGUUCGGGCUGCUUCUGGCGCGCAAGGUCUCCCUUCCCCGAGCCUUCCUGUACAUGGUGGCGCAGUGCGUGGGCGCCAUCUGCGGCGCGGCGUUGGUGAGGGCCGUGCACGGCGGCCACCACUACGCGCUCUACGGGGGCGGCGCCAACGAGCUGGCGCCGGGAUACUCCAGGACGGCGGGGCUCAUCGCGGAGAUUGCCGGCACCUUCGUGCUCGUGUACACCGUGUUCUCGGCGACCGACCCGAAGCGCAUCGCCCGGGACCCGCACGUCCCGGUGCUGGCGCCGCUGCUCAUCGGGUUCGCCGUGCUCAUGGCGCACCUCGCCACCAUCCCCGUCACCGGCACCGGUAUCAACCCGGCGAGGAGCUUUGGCGCCGCCGUGGUGUACAACGACAAGAAAGCUUGGGACGACCAGUGGAUGUUCUGGGUUGGCCCGUUCAUCGGCGCCGCCGUGGCCAUGGUGUACCACCAGUACAUCCUCAGGAACAGCUCCAUCUUCCGGUCCAACUACGAUGGCGCAGUCUAGCUACUUCCAUCCAUCCAUCCAUUGAUGCGUUCCGUAUCUACUAGUAGAUGAGUUGAGAUCCACAUUAUGGAUGGAUCCACCGUGUGGCUGUUAAAAUCGCUGGUCAAUUAGUAUGUUGUUGUGUUACUGAACGUAUGUAUGCAUUGUAUUGUAUGUUAGUGUUGGGCUUAAGUGUUAGCUAGUUACUGCAAGAGAUAACACACCCCAUGCAUGUCAUGACUAUCUAGUGAGAGAAACCAAAAUACUACUUCCCAUGAUUUUUGUACUUGUCUU